AUGUCUGAUGAUGACGGCGUUGCAGUGGAGAUUGCAGACAACAGCCCAAUAGUAAUCGACUCUGAUCCGGCGUCCAUUCGGGGCUCCUCUAUAUCUUCCCCUACCAUGGACAACCGGCAACAAACCCUCAACAAAACGACUCAAAGGCCAGCCCAAAACUCUUCCCUCGUCAAUCCCUUCAUGGAGUGGCUAAACAUGGAUAAGAUGUCUCCUUUCGCCGUCGAAGCGGAUCGGGCCUGGUCGAAACGAAAGGCCGUCACCCGCCGAACCCAUCGGCCACGGAAAGCUACCGCUCGAGAAUUGGAUUCAGCGGCGAACUAUACCUUUUUCUUCACAAAUCUGUAG